CCGAACGCGCUUUGUUUUUUUUUUUUAUUCCUCAUUAUUAAUUUUGUUGUUGUUUUAAUUUAGCUUUUUAAUUGUUUGUUGAUGUUUUUUUCCCCUUCCUCGUCUGUCUGGUGGAUUAUUGCGAGAACUCUGUCGAACCCGAUGCCGUGUCGUGUCGAAUUUUCGUAGCGGAUUUUGUUGCGGAAUUGCGUUAACGGGAGGAUAGUUUGGCUGAAUCGGGGGUUUUGUGAUUGAGCGCGAGGUUGAUGAGAUUUUCGAGAAGGUCUUAAGCAAUUUUUAUCGGUGGUAGAGGUUCCGUUGAUUCUUUUGGAACUGAAGAAGGUUUUCAUUCUCUAUGUUUUUUGUUUGGGAAGCGAAGGGAGUUGCUGCGUGAAAUCGUCGAGGAUCCCGUCCCUGAGAAAGUUAAGGGUUCAUUCGUGUAAAGAAAAUUUAGUCAUCGUUUGUAAUUGUGGUCAAGGACGGCGAAGACUCUCCUUCAAUUUGUUACAAUAGCUGGGCCCAGUGGAUUGUCGACGUGCUUCGUGUUUCCAUCGAGGUUGUCGCAUAUGGAGAGCUGUUGAAGACUGAAGCAGUGGAGACAAAUAAUUUCAAGCUGAUUGUCUGGAUGCAUCUCUGAUGUCUUCUUUAUCCAUAAGGUCUUGAUCAGACGUGUUUCGGUAUCAAAAUCGAAGUUAUCAGUUGAAGAGGUGAUAGGAUAUGGCUGGAGCUGCUUGUUGAUGACGCUUUAUCGUGUUCGAAGAGGAUCUUCGUAGUUAAUUUUGGUUUUGAGUUGAAAUCCCAAGGCCAGGAUUCAGAUCGGUAUUUCUGUUGAGCAUUGAUACAAGGAUUGAACUACGGGCAAUGCGGGAAAGAAGCUCUGAAGAUAAGGCAAGAGAGGAAAUUUGAGGAUAUUUUAAGUCCUGUCUCAUUCUCAAUCUACUUGCAUCAUAGGUGGAGGUUCAGGAGGUGUAGGUUGUUUGUUCAUCUUACGAAUCUUUCUACGGGAUGCGUUGGAUUUGUCUUGAACAGCAAUUUCUGACUUAGAGUAUCAAUUUGGUUGCAAAGUGUAGAACCAUUUUCAGAAGGUCCGAGAAAGCUGUAGAAUUAGAAUUAGGGUUAAUAUCACGCAGUGUACUGUAUGGUCCGAUGAUGUCUACGGGAACUGGUAGCAGCAUGAACCCGAAGCCAGUCCCGGCAUGGCUCAAUAGUGCAUCCUGGUCAUCGAGUACCAGACCGACUAUGAAGCCUUCGUAUUCCUUUGGGGAAACAUCAGGCUCUGGUACUCUGCUGGAGCCAAUUGGCAAGCCCGCAGGUCAUUAUGACGAUCCAUUAAGCAGUAUAACUACGACGCAGAAAGAGGCUGCCGCUCCACAAGUUGAGAAUGAUGCUUCUGGUCCGGCUACGCAGCCCACACAGACCAUCAAUACGAUGCAGAAUGCUGACUACUCGGAGCAGUCUUCAGACGCAGACGAAAACAAAGUGAUAAAAAGCCCUUCGUCGUUUGACUACCGGGUAACUCUUUUCAAUACUGAGUUAUCACGGAGAAGAAUACACCUAGCAGAAUUGCAACGUUUAUCAUCCCAAGGAAUACCCGAUACAGGAGGCAUUCGAGCAACUACUUGGAAGGUUUUACUUGGUUUUCUGCCAAGAAAUAGAGAUGAUUGGGCUACGGAACUGGAGAAGAAGCGGGCUACAUAUGCUGUUUUUCGGGAGGAGAUGAUAAUCAAUCCUUCGGAGGUUACAAGAAGGAAGGAGGAGAUGGAAGCCAUGAAGGCAGCAGAGCUGGAAGCAUUGGAGGGGCCUCUGCAGCGACAUGAAAUUUCUCAUGAUGAUCACCCUUUGAGUCUCGGCAGCAAGAGUGUCUGGCACCAAUUUUUUCAGGACACUGAGCUUGCAGAGCAAAUUAACCGUGAUGUGAAGCGGACGCAUCCGGAUAUGCCAUUUUUUUGCGGAGACAAUGACUCUGCUCGAGAAAACCAAGAAGCACUCAAGAGAAUCCUAUUUAUAUUUGCUAAAUUGAACCCAGGGAUCCGCUAUGUUCAAGGAAUGAACGAAGUCUUAGCUCCGCUCUACUAUGUUUUCAAGACUGAUAUUGAUGAGUCCAAUGUGAAACAUGCAGAGGAAGAUUCCUUUUUCUGCUUUGUGGAGCUGCUGAGUGAUUUCCGAGAUCACUUCUGUCAGCAACUUGAUAAUAGUGCUGUGGGGAUUCGGUCUACUAUAUUACAGAUGACCCAACUGCUGCGUAAGCAUGAUGAGGAGUUAUGGAGGCACUUGGAGAUCACUUCGAAGGUCAAUCCUCAAUUUUAUGCUUUCAGGUGGAUAACUCUAUUGCUAACUCAAGAGUUCAACUUCGCUGACUCUAUUCGUCUUUGGGAUUCUCUUCUUAGCAACCCGGAUGGUCCACUGGAAAUUUUGUUGAGGGUUUGCUGCUCUAUGCUUCUAUGCUUGAGAAGCCGGCUUUUAGCUGGGGACUUCACAACAAACCUGAAGCUUCUUCAGCAUUAUCCAUCUGUUGAUAUCAACCGUCUUCUGAAAGUGGCUGAUGAUCUGAAGGAGUUGAAAUAAUCUGUAUGAGGUGCAAUUGGAGAUAAUGAACUUCAAUCGUUGUGCGAUGCUUUAUUUAAAGCCCCCUUGAGCAAUGAAGAGUUAGUUUGGUGGGGCUUCCUUACUGUUCGGGCAUUUGUAGAUGGUCAUGCAGCAGCCUUAAGACAGUUGGAUGCGGUGAUGGGUCCUGCUGAGACAGGUUGGUUGUUUUUGGUUCCUUUUUCCAUCUAUCUGCAUCAGUGAAUUCGACUGGGCAUAGAGUUUCCCAUGUGGGCCUUCUUCAAAGUGUCAAGAUCCGAGACGGACAGUGAGCACACAGCUUGCCCACUUGAUCGUUUUACUCAUUGAUCUGGGGGUGAAUUGCUCCCCAUUCUCACACAGAUGUGUCUGCAUAGUGAUCCUUGGUACAUCUACAUGUGGAGGAGGCCCACAUUAUACAUGUACAGUUUUCGGUCGAUACUUGCAAUCAUGUUCCGUUUACUGAGCCCUUCUGUUUCCAGUGUUUAUUAUUAUCGGUUUUCAGUAGCGAUUAGUAGGCUUCCGGUCAAAUGUAUUUCUGUCAAGGUCUCCAAAGUGUUAUUUAGUUCACUGCUAUUCAAUGCUUGUGAAGCUA